AUCAUCAUCCGCGUACACACACACACACACACACACUCACACACACACAGAGCGGUUCCGCCUUCUCCCCGCCGACUUUUCCGCAUGUCACAUUUACAGCACACGCUUCGCCAAAUUACUGCGCAGCACCAUGAAGGAAGACUCGUGAUUUCACAAGGUGUCUUACAUACAUCAAAGGAGCAUCAUGACAAAAAAGCAGCGCACAUGAUACUGUGAUGUCACCAAAGGCCGAACAUGCCAGGACGUAAGGACAAGGGGCUCUGCGGCAGAGCUGUGCUUUGAGCUCUUCCCUCAGCUAUUCACUCCAUAGAUCUUCCACACCCCACACAUAAUCUCCAACAUCCCUCCAGCUGCCCGACGGCAAGAGGUGGAAAUGGCCGCUCAGAGGAAGCACUUAGUCAAGGAGUUCAACCACUUCAUUACCUGCUAUGUGUGUAAAGGCUACCUGAUCAAGCCUACCACCGUGACAGAGUGCCUGCAUACCUUUUGUAAAAGUUGCAUCGUCCAGCAUUUUGAAGACAGCAACGACUGUCCAAAAUGUGGUAUCCAAGUCCACGAAACAAACCCAUUGGAAAUGUUAAGGUUGGACAACACAUUAGAAGAAAUCAUUUUCAAGCUUGUGCCUGGACUUCGGGAAAACGAACAACAACAGGAGGUUGAGUUCUGGAGAAAGAAUAAAUCAAAAGAAAACGAUAAUGAUGACGGGCCCGAAUGUAAGAAGAUGAAGGUAGACGAGGACAUUGAUGAUGGAGGGGAUGGAGACUACCACAGGAAUGACCCACAGAUAGCCAUCUGUCUGGAUUGUCUGCGCAGCAACGGCCAGAUAGGAGAGAACAUAGUUAAGGGCUUAAUGAAGAAAUUUAUUCGCUGCUCAUCUCGUGUGACCGUAGGAACAAUCAAGAAGUUCUUAAGUCUAAAGUUAAAGCUUCCAAGUUCUUAUGAGCUAGACGUCCUAUGCAACGGAGAGAUUAUGGGAAAAGAUCACACCAUGGAGUUCAUAUACAUGACGAGAUGGAGGCUUCGAGGUGAAAAUGCCUACCCAAUGGUACUGGAAUAUCGUCCUCGUAUUGACUUUGGCUAAACCGGUUGAGACUCAUGCACUUUUCUCAGCUCAGAAACCGGAGGAACAGUGAAUGGACAUGCUGCACAGGAGUUGGACUUAAUCACACCAUUGUUUUUCAUUCUUUCGAGUUCUUUCUUUUGUAUUUCCUUAUCUGUUCUAAAACUUCCUCAUUCAUCAGACACAGCUGGGACUGUAGCUGCCUAAGUGUGUGUUAAAUCCCACACUGGCUUGGCUUGUGUGUGUGUCCCAUAUGUCGGUCUACCAGAAGAACUGUUGACAUGAUCAGUCAUGAAGUUAUGGACCCAAGGAAAUUCACAUGCCAUGAGAUAAUUGUUCAACAAGUGUGUUCAGUUAUCAUGACAGAUUUAUUUUUCUUUUUUUUUGUAUCAGUAGUUAUAGUGCCUUUUGUAAACAUCCUGUUUUUGCUGAUCUCAAAAGCCUUUUUUAAUCAUCGCCAAAAAAGGAAAUACCCAAUGGCGUCGUAUCAGUUCCAAGCAUCCUUUGUUAUAAUUAAAAUAAGCUACUGUUUUUAACUGAACCAUAAAGGAUAGCAGGGUAAUACGGUAACCCCGGACAUUUGUUCCAGCAACGUCUUUGUACAUAGAAGGAAGCCUUACUAAGGGAGCAGUGAGCACCGAAAGCACUGAAAUCUUGCACUAGAUUUACUGACGAAACGCUGCUUUGUUAAAAGUGAAUCCGGAUCCUGGAAAUCCACAUGUAUUAAAAGAGCUUGCAAAUGUAUAAAAUAAAUAGUUAUAUUAUUUUAAAUCUCUAUGUAUGGAAGUAAUACAUUUUAGUGAAUGAUGAAUUCACGUGUAAAUUGAGCUGAACUUUUUCUACCAAGAAAAAAAAAAUCCAGUUACACAAAAGGCACUUACUUAAUUACUGAAAGGGAAAUUAAAAAAAAAAAUUAGUGAGUUGCUGUUUUUAAUUUAUUUAAAUAUGCCCAGGAAAAUAAAAAAAAAAUAUAUAGUCACAUGUGGAACAAAUCCAUCUCUCCAUUCUUAUAACCCAGUCUUAUCAUUUCUAAAAUUAUAAAUAAUUAUAAUUUUCCUAUAGGUUACUAUAGCAACUGGAGCAUCAAUCAAUCAAUCAAUUAAUCAAUCAAUCAGUUGUACACGUUUUAUUUGUGGCAGAUACCCAGAUAGAUCACUUUUAUCUACUGUAGCAGUGACCUACAUUUGCAGUAACCCAUCUGAAUAAAGUGUCACUCACUGCCUCCUUUGGCGAGCUCUGUAUUUACACACACUCUGUUUUUGGAGUGUCCCUCAAUAUUAACAGCUUGGACAUAAAAACAAUAAAUCAUCAAGUAUCAGUCCGUUUCUUCACAGAUCCCAUUUAUUUACAGGUUAUCGAGCCUUUCUAGUCUGGUCCAAGUGGAUAUAAAAAAAAAAAUGACUACUGUAAAUAAUUCCAGAAUUUUCUAUCUGAUCUGACAGUACAGAGAUACUGCUACUCAUAUAAUCCAUAUCCCACUAUUAGGCCUUUUGUAUUACACCAAAGACACUCAUACACACACAGACACACAGACAAAUUCAAAUACAUUUCCAUUUACGCUAUCAAAUUCAUAAUGCUUUAAAAAAACACUGGCAAAGGGAAAAUAUGGCUUUUAUGUAUAUCUACUAGAAAGUAGCUAGUAAACCAGGUGCAUCGUUAUAGUUAGUAAUGAGACUCAUUCUUCCAGUCCUGUAUGUCUGGAAUCCAGACUUGGUUGGUGUUUUUCAUGCUCAAACAUUCAGUCCAAUCUCAUUUCUUUCCCGAAAAGUCAAAAUCAGGUGUUGUUUUUUGUUUUGUUUUGUUUUGUUUAAGCAGGAAAUUCAUCUGAUUGUACAGAAAUGGACACACAGGCUUAAGUUUAAUAAAGGAAUAUCUUUUUGAAA